CUUCAGAUCCACUCCUCACCAUAGCAACGAAACUCCAACCUCUUCUCCUUCCUCUUUCACCACUCUGAUUCCGAAUCGGAAUCGGAAUCUAAUUUUUUUUUUCAAUUUUUCCUUUAAAUUCUCAAUCGGUUGAAGAUCUUCAACGAAUCGGUUAAAUUGGUGUAGUUUGGCAAGAUGGGAGGUGGGUUUAGAGUUCUUCAUUUAGUUAGACCAUUUCUCUCAUUUAUUCCCGAAGUUCAGACUGCUGAUAGGAAAGUGCCAUUUAGGGAGAAGGUCAUAUAUACUGUGAUCUCUCUGUUCAUUUUCUUAGUUUGUAGUCAACUCCCUCUGUAUGGAAUACACUCAACAACAGGUGCAGAUCCAUUCUAUUGGAUGCGAGUUAUCCUUGCUUCUAACCGUGGAACUGUUAUGGAGCUGGGAAUCACCCCAAUUGUGACUUCUGGACUGGUAAUGCAACUUUUGGCUGGUUCAAAGAUCAUUGAGGUGGACAACAAUGUACGGGAGGAUCGUGCUCUCUUAAAUGGAGCACAGAAGCUACUUGGCAUCUUGAUAGCUGUUGGCGAAGCAGUUGCCUAUGUUCUUUCUGGGAUGUAUGGUAGUGUGGGUCAACUUGGAGUGGGAAAUGCCAUCCUCAUCAUCCUCCAGCUCUGUUUUGCGGGUAUCAUUGUGAUAUGUUUAGAUGAGCUCCUUCAAAAAGGAUAUGGUUUGGGAUCUGGAAUUUCUCUUUUCAUUGCCACUAAUAUAUGUGAAAACAUUAUUUGGAAAGCAUUUAGUCCAACCACAAUUAAUAGUGGACGGGGAGCCGAAUUUGAGGGUGCAGUUAUUGCUCUAUUCCAUUUGCUGAUAACUAGAACAGACAAGGUUCGUGCCCUUCGAGAAGCGUUUUACCGGCAGAAUCUUCCCAAUGUCACAAAUCUGCUUGCUACUGUCUUGAUCUUUCUAAUUGUGAUAUACUUCCAAGGUUUCCGUGUGGUUUUGCCUGUGAGAUCAAAGAAUGCUCGUGGACAGCAGGGUUCAUAUCCAAUCAAACUAUUUUAUACCUCCAACAUGCCCAUUAUUCUUCAAUCUGCCCUUGUUUCCAAUCUCUACUUCAUUUCCCAGCUUCUACAUAGAAAGUACAGUGGAAACUUCUUUGUAAAUCUGUUGGGCAAAUGGAAGGAGUCUGAAUAUGGAGGUGGUCAGUCUAUUCCUGUCGGUGGUAUUGCAUACUACAUCACUGCACCUUCCAGCUUAGCUGAUAUGGCUGCCAAUCCUUUUCAUGCAUUAUUCUAUCUUGUGUUUAUGUUGUCUGCCUGUGCCCUGUUCUCAAAAACUUGGAUUGAAGUCUCUGGUUCAUCUGCCAGAGAUGUUGCCAAACAGCUGAAGGAACAACAAAUGGUAAUGCCUGGACAUCGGGAGUCAAACUUGCAGAAAGAACUGAACCGAUACAUUCCCACCGCUGCAGCAUUUGGUGGCAUGUGUAUUGGUGCCCUGACAGUGUUGGCAGAUUUCAUGGGGGCCAUUGGUUCAGGAACAGGAAUAUUACUUGCAGUAACAAUCAUCUAUCAGUACUUCGAGACAUUUGAGAAAGAGAGAGCAAGCGAGCUUGGCUUCUUUGGUUUUUAAGUUCUUGGAAGUUACUGUUGGUGACGCAAUUGAGCUCUACGUCACCCACAGUUUUUGUUAUGUCAAAGAAUGGUAGUAGGUUGUUUAACACAGUGAGGAAGGACGUAGGUUAGUUUGUCGUCACUUUUUUCUCAACUGAUGAAGAGUAGUGUAUCAUUGUAAACGUUUUCGGAUUGUCUCUGAAUAUACCUGCGUUAAUUUAUUUUCAAAGUCUGACGCCAUGGGUUAAAGAAAAUGGAUCUUAAGUAAUUAGCUUAGUUUUAUAAAUUACUGGCUAUUUAUUAAUUUUCUCAAUGUACCUGGCAGUAGUUUUUUAAAUGAAUCUUUCUUUCGAAAGAGUAUUAG